GCAGAGCUAGAUGCCUAUCUAACUAUGAUAGAGGAAGCUAAAAAGCGAGAUCAUAGAAAGAUUGGGAAAGAGUUGAGCAUAUUCGCCUUCGAUGAUAUGGUAGGACCUGGUUUGCCAUUGUGGUUGCCUAAUGGCGGUAUCAUGAUAGAAGAAUUGGAGCGACUGGCAAAGGAAGAUGAAGAAGCUCAUGGUUAUCAUAGAGUAGUGACACCGCAUAUCGCUAAAGAAGAAUUGUAUCUGACGAGUGGGCACUUGCCUUACUAUGCAGAU